AGUUUUGUGAUUUUGUCGGAGUUUCUUUGUCUUUUCACGUCAUAUGUUAUCUAGUGCUUCAUUUCCUCGUAGAUAUUCUGAUACUUAGUGUUUUGCUAAAUUUCAAGACGUUUUUAACGCUGUUUGCUUCGAAAAUGGCUUCAAAAGUACCUAAAGUAGCUUUUAACAACGGACUCGAAUGCCCAAUACUUGGCAUUGGUACAUGGAAGUCAAAGCCGGGCGAAGUGACGCAAGCCGUGAAGGACGCCAUAGACAUCGGGUACCGGCACAUAGACUGCGCGUUCGUCUACGGCAACGAACCUGAGGUGGGCGCCGCGCUCAGCGCCAAACUCAAGGACGGGACUGUCAAGAGAGAGGACCUGUUUAUCACCUCCAAGCUUUGGAAUACCUUCCACCGGCCCGAUUUGGUGCGUGGCGCGCUGCUGAAGACCCUCGAGAACCUGGGACUUCAAUAUCUAGACCUGUACCUCAUCCACUGGCCUCAGGGCUACAAGGAAGACGGCGAGCUGUUCCCCACAGACUCAGCCGGCAAGAUCCAAUUCUCUGACGUCGAUUACGUGGACACAUGGAAGGCAUUAGAGCCUCUCGUCGCCGAGGGCCUCGUCCGCUCGAUCGGCCUUUCCAACUUCAACUCGAAGCAGAUAACUCGCGUGCUCGAGGCCGCUAAGGUCAAGCCGGUUGUCAACCAGGUGGAAUGCCAUCCGUACCUCAACCAGAAGCGCCUCAAGGACUUCUGCGAAGCGCGCGGCAUCAAACUCACCGCAUACUCGCCCCUCGGGUCCCCCGACAGGCCGUGGGCCAAGCCUGGAGAACCCCUGCUUAUGGAGGACCCCAAGCUUAAAGCUGUAGCUGAUAGACUUGGGAAGACCCCAGCUCAAGUGCUCAUCAGAUACCAGAUCGACCGCGGCGUGAUCGUGAUCCCGAAAUCCGUGACGAAGUCCAGAAUCGCGUCCAACUUCGACGUUUUCGACUUCAAACUGUCCAAGGAGGACGUUGACCUCAUCAACUCUUUCGACGUUAACGGACGAUUCGUGCCUAUGACUGCAUCUCUUGGCCACAAGUACCAUCCUUUCGAAAACGACGAAUUCUAAGCGAUAACAAGCCUGUUAUGUGUAUAUGUAUAUUAUGUUAGUGCGUGCACGUUUUGUCUAUAAUAAAUUGUUAUAAAUACGA